AUGGCAUCGAAGCCGAUCGAGGCGGGGGAUGCGUAUAUACCAUGCACGUUGCGCGAGCCGCCAGACCUCUCACCGUACCAUUUGAAUGGUACGCAGGACAUGCUCGCCCUCUUUGACUUAAUGCCACUGUACGACUGCGCUGUGCGGCCUUAUCUACGCCCAACACUGCCACCGGAUGCCACCGACGCUGACAAGGCUGCGGCGCAGGCCAAGCGCGUCGUCAUGCCCAAAACGUACGCUCAUUAUGUGGAAGAUCUACCUGGUAAAGUUCGGCCAGCGAGAAAAUCGCAAUCCAAGCAGCAGCAGCCAGCUUUGCAGCGAGAACUGAAUCACAUACUUAUGAAGCCCGAGUUCACUUACACACCCGUGCAGCCUUUGGAGAAGGACGUGCUAACCUCGGCGUUCAGUGUACAACCUACGUCAGACCCCAUCCCAGGGAUUGAUCUCACGCUCCUUGAGGCAGAUGAACAUGACUCCCCUGGUGCUCGGAAGAACAAGCUUGGGCUGGGGGAUCGCCCUGAUGCACCCAAGAAACGAGUGGUUCUUAUCUCCAAAAAGAAGCGUAUGUAG